AUGGAGACGCUCCUCACCAUCAUCAGAAGCGUCCCCACGCCAAUCCUCUACGCGCUCUCACCAUUUGCAGCAAUCGCUGUCAUUCUCGCGCUCACCAGAGUAAUUACGACAGUGAACUACUACCGCGCUCUCCAACAAUUCAAAGACUCGCCCCACGGCGGCCAGAAAAUCGUCUCGCCACCUCAAAUCCCCUACACGAUCCCAUGGCUGGGCAACUCCCUCGACUUCCUCCGCCCCUCACCGGGUGCCUUCUGGUCGGAACUCUUCAGCUACCAUCCUAGGGAGACUGGAGUCUGCACGCUCCUCAUGGGCGGACGCAAGUCGCAUAUCGUCUUCUCGCCGACGACCGUGCAGGCCAUUUUCAAGGCGAGGACCCCAUCGAGAGACAUCUUCGACUUUGACCUGUACAUUCAGGUCUUCAAGAUGACGCAUGACCAGGCGCAGAAUGCUUAUAACGGGAAGCAUUCUGAGGAGGUGAUGAACAGCAAGUAUAUGAUUAAAUUCGAGAGGGUUAAUGAGCUUACGGAGCACUUCACAAAAUCUUUGGAAGAUGUGCUUUCGAAAGAUUCGAAGGAGAUUGUGGAGAAGGGAGAGAUUGGACUUUACGAGUGGUUGAGAGAUCGUAUGUUCACGGCGAGCUGCUAUGCGUUAAUGGGGGAGAAGCUGAAGGAAAUGUAUCCGAACUUUUGCGAGGAUUUCUAUGGGUUUGAUGGGGAGUUCCUCAAGUUCUUCUUUCGCUUUCCAGAAUUCUUGAUCAAGGACGCGUAUCAAAGGAGGGAUCGCAUCUUUGACAAUUUGGAGAAGUGGAGUGCGGAAAUGCAUCGAUUGAGUGGUGGAACGCCGGUUGAUCCCGAAGGACCUGCGUGGGAGCCUUUCUUUGGAAGUCGAUUGAACCGCGCGAGACAUCUGGAUUACAAGGCCCGAGGGUUGAAUUCGAGAUCGUCGGCGGCGCUGGAUUUGGGCAUUACCUUUGCCAUCUCGAGCAACGCUAUUCCGGCGACGGGGUGGAUGCUCUUCCAUCUUCUCAACCCGAAGAACCCAUCUCUGCUAGAGCGGGCUCUCAAGGAGAUCAACGCGGCCACGAAAGAAGACGGGAAUUUGGAUAUUGCAACUUUGGUCUCGCAGCCUCUCCUGCAGAGCCUUUGGACAGAGACACUGCGCCUGUAUGCGGAUGUCUUGGUCACGAGAAACUUGCCAGAGGACAUCACACUCCCUCUGGAUGAGUCUGGCAAACAUCACGUUCUGUUCCGCGCUGGUGACAAUGUGUUUGCACCUUCUUUCCUCGGUCACCGUGACGACAAUGUUUGGAGCACGGAGGACGCCCCAUACGAUGUCUUCCACGCCGACCGCUUCCUCGUCAAGGACCCCAAGACAGGCCAAGAAGCAUUCAGCAUGUCGCGCACGACAGGCAAGUUCUUCCCCUUUGGCGGUGGCAAAACGAUCUGCCCUGGCCGCAUCUUCGCCAAACAAGAAGCUAUAGGGGCUCUGGCGAUGGUGUUGCUGAAGUUUGAUUUCGACGUCAAGGGAUACAUUGACAUCGACAAGAAGCCAACGAAAGAUUUCCCGGGCAUGCCCAAAGCGUUUCCCGGGUCCGGGGCGUUGAGUCCUGGUGGUGAUAUGAAGGUGAAAAUUUCAAGGCGAGUGUGGUGA